AUGGCAACUUAUCAACCUUACACAGAGUUCUCUUCAGUUACAGGAGGUGGUUUUGAUAACUCAGAUAGACCUAAUUCAGGUGAUGCAGAUGGAGCAGUUAACAGAACGAACACUCUUCAUCCAGUGACCAUUAAGCAAAUUUUAGAAUCCACCCAAGAAAUUCAAGAUGGUCCCUUCGUCUCUCACAAUCAAGAACUUCAUCAUGUUUGUUUCGUUGGUGUUGUAAGGAAUAUUACAGAUCAUACAUCUAAUAUAUAUCUUACAAUCGAAGAUGGUACGGGCCAAAUUGAAGUGAGAAAAUGGAGUGACGAUGCUACUGACAUGGCUGCAGGAAAUAAUGAAGAAGAUAAGCAAGGUAGUUCUCAAGCAGCACAACAGUAUCAAAUGGGUACCUAUGUUAAGAUAUUUGGUGCUCUAAAAGAAUUUGGUGGGAAGAAAAAUAUUCAAUAUGCUGUCAUCAAGAAUGUGGAAAGCUUCAAUGAAGUGCUGGCUCACCAUUUAGAAGUUAUAAAAUGGCAUGCUAUUGCCAAUGGCAAGAUUCCAAAUCCGUCAACCGGUUCCGGAGAACCUUUACAGCAAGGAGCAAUGGGUGGAAAUCAAAGUGGGCAAUCAUUAUUUGUCACUGAGAAUGAAUCAAACCAUUCUAUAUCUGAUAGAAUUUUAGAAUUUUGUAAGAAGCAAUGUGAGGGUAAAGACGCCAAUGCAUUUGCAGUUCCAAUUCCUCUUAUUGCACAAUCGUUGAAUAUAGAUGAGAAUACCGCAAGAAAUUGUUGUACAACGCUAACUGAACAAGGUUUUAUAUACCCAACCUUUGAUGAUAAUAAUUUCUUUGCGUUAUAA